AUGAAGCCUCAAGCCAUGCCCCUUAUCUCUGCAGACAAUGAGUGGUCACCUCUCAAAGCCGUCAUUGUUGGCGAUGCGGAGCACUCGGCGUUUCCAUCGGAGCCCGGGCAUAUGAUAGCGGCGACGAUGCCACCCGAGCAUUUCGAUAUGUUCCGGCCUUCCAAUCCUUUCCCAGCGGAUAUCGUGGCCAAGGCGCAGUCCGAGCUUGACAACUUCGCCGCACUGCUGGAGGGCCUAGGUAUUCGCGUCUAUCGUCCGCAAAAGGUUGACUGGCUUGAGGCCGGCGGAUAUACGGGUGCCAUGCCGCGGGACGGCUUGAUGACGGUGGGCAACACUCUCAUCGAAGCUCCCUUCGCCUGGCGCUGCCGUCACCAGGAAAUCCAACUGGGCUACUCAGACAUCUUGCAUCAUCUCGGCAGCGGCGGCGGUACGGCCAGGAUCUGUCGAGCCCCGGUCGUCGUUGGGCGUGACACGUUGUACGAUCACAUCUCCAAUGGCCUGAACGGACACGUACUAAAGAAUGGGAGCCGGAUCAACGGAGCUAUCAACAACUCCCGCCCGGCCUUUGACACAGCCGACUUCAUGCGAUUCGGGAAAACAAUCAUUGGGCAACUCAGCAACGUCACCAACCUCAAAGGGACCCAGUACUUGCAGGCAAUGGUACCGGACGGAUACACAGUCGAGCUCCUAGACGUCACCGACGAACACGCUAUGCAUAUCGAUGCUACUAUUCUGCCGCUCCGCAAAGGGUUGCUGGUGUAUAACCCCGAGCGCGUCACCGAGGCAAGGCUCCGCCGGCAUGCCGUCUUUCGGGACUGGGAGCUGCAUGCCUACCCCUUUACUCCGCGCCGGCGCGAGAGUCCCGCUCCGCCCAUGUACAUGUGUUCUCCAUGGCUGGUGCUGAAUGCACUGAGUCUCGACGAACGACGCAUCAUGGUGGAGGAGAAGGAUACCGAGUUCGCGGCAUGGGUAAGAGAAAAGUUUGAUAUGGAGCCCAUUAUGUGCCCCUUCCAGAACGUUAAUAGCUUGGGCGGGUCUUUCCAUUGUGCUACUGUUGAUCUUGUCAGGUCAUCAUGA